AACAGGCAUCGUUGCAUACACUCUUCUCAACCUUCCUUGUCAAUUUCCCUCAUUUCCUUAUUUCCUUCCUCUUUCUUCCCUUUUAGAUUCUAAAACGUAAACUCAAAAUAUUUGAAAGAAUAACAAAAAAUAAAAUUAAUAAUGGUGGGAGGAAAAGAACGCUCAAAAGAGCGUCGAGAAAAGAGACUCCAAGAGAUUUCUUUGCUUCGUACAAUUCCAUAUUCAGACCAUCGACGGUGGUGGACCUCUGAAACAAUUGCAGUAGUGACUGGAGGUAAUAGAGGGAUAGGUUUUGAGAUCACUAGGCAACUUGCUGGUCAUGGGUUGACAGUCGUACUUACCUCAAGAGAUACUGAAGUUGGUAUUGAGGCUGUGAAAGUCCUACAAGAGGUUGGAUUGUUAGUGGAGUUUCAUCAAUUAGAUAUUGUCGAUCCUCAAUCUAUUCUAGAUUUCGCUGAAUGGAUUCAAGAAACUCAUGGUGGCCUAGAUAUUUUGGUUAACAAUGCAGGUAUCAAUUUCAAUGUUGGAUCAGAGAAUUCAAUUGAACAUGCAGAGCAAGUUAUUAGAACAAAUUAUUAUGGCACCAAAAGUGUUAUUGAGGCUAUGAUCCCUUUAAUGAGACCUUCUCCUUCUGGUGCCCGUAUUGUGAAUAUUAGCUCAAGACUGGGAAGAUUGCAUGGGAAAAAAAAUAGGAUUGAGGAUGAUACAUUGAGAGAACAACUAUCUAAUGAAGAACUAUUGUCAGAGGAAUUAAUUGAUGAUACUUUAAAAACAUUUAUAGAACAGACAAAAGACGGUAGUUGGAUCAAUGCAGGGUGGCCUCAAACAUCCACUGAUUACUCAAUAUCGAAACUUGCUACUAAUUGCUAUACAAGAUACUUGGCAAGAAAGCUAUCAGAUAGAGCGGAAGGUGAAAAAAUUUGUGUAAAUUGUUUUUGCCCUGGUUGGGUUAAAACAGCAAUGACAGGGUGGAAUGGAAAUGUAUCUGUUGAAGAUGCAGCUGAUACUGGUGUAUGGCUUGCGUUACUUCCUGAACAACCAACCAAUGGGAAAUUUUAUGCCGAAAGACGUGAAAUUAAUUUCUAAAAUAAUGUCAAGCGUAUUCAUGCUUUUUUAAUAUUAGCUUUUAUGAUAGAACUAGUCUUCUAUUGAUACUAUUCAUAAUAGUUUGCUAAGCUGCCAACUGGGUAGGAGAUAGGUGUUGUGGUAUAUGGUUUGACAAUUUUACUAACUGUCGAACGUUCUUUUAUAUAUAUAUUUCUUUUUAUGAAUAACAAUUUUAUCACGUUGGAGAAAA